AUUCAUUAGUGGUAAGCAGCAAAUAAGUAAGGAACAAAAGAAAAACAUGGGGGAACACACUCCAGCCCCAUCUCCAGGCCGCUCCUAUUAUGGCUUUGUCUUAUACCUGUUGGGCUGGGCUGGCAUUAUUAGCUACUUGGCAUGGGCCCUCAUCCCCCAUAGCUACUUGGCAGCACUUGGACUGACAUACAUCCCCCAGCCCUACUGGGCACUCGCCUUCCCUAGUGUCAUCAUAACACUUGUUCUAAUAUUCGUCUUCUUCAUAUACCCCUCCCUUAACUUGAUCCUGGCUCUUCCUCCCCAUGACAUUAGAAACAUUACAGAUAAUAUGGCCAUGAGAGAGGAAGAUUAUCCGAGGGUUGAAGAGUAUGGUGUGCCUCCCGUGUGUGAUUUGCCUAUCUCUCAAGUUUGCAGAGCUCUGUAUAGGUGAUGAAUUAUGUUGUUUUACUUCAGGAUUGAGAUGUACACAAAGUUAGUAUUAGGAAAAGGCCUUAUCAAAGUGUUUGUUAAGAACACGCCAAUGGUUGUAACUUAAAAGAUUUUAACCUUGAUUGGAAGUUGGAAGUUUGUUUCACUUCACUUGAAAAAUAACUAUAGUUGUAAGUUUUUGUCCAUCAAUCUUGAAUUGCUUUUAUUUUUAAUUUUUUUUAGCAAACAAAACAAUAAAGCUGAUCCUAUAUA